AUGUCUUGUGUUGCCACAGUGUGUGGGGAUGUGUCACAACUCCAGGAUCUGAGAUUUUCCGGAAAGUCUUUCCUGAAAAUAGUCUUUCCUGAAAAGAGCGUUGGGCCCGUAACCUUAAGAACCGGCGCGGCGGGAAGAGUUGCGCAGGCGCACUUGGUGGACUCUCUAGGUGGGGAACUCUUGGAGGCGGCGACCCAGGCAUCUGGGGAGCCACAGAAGUCGUACUCUCAUAAACCCUGCUUUGCUCCCGCUGUGGAUGUGACCCUUUAUUUUGCAUCCCGGGCGUCUUUGGGAAUUCCGAUGGAUGAGCCAAUGGCUUUUUCUCCCCCGGGUGACCGAUUUCAGGCUGAUGGUUCUGUAAAAAAAUACGAGCCGAAUUUUAAACUUCCAGGCAUUAAGAAAGAUAUUGAGAAGCUUUAUGAAGCUGUACCACAGCUUGGUAAUUUGUUUAAGAUUAAGGACAAAAUUGGAGAAGGCACUUUCAGCUCUGUUUAUUUGGCCACAGCACAGUCACGAGUAGGACCUGAAGAGAAGAUUGCUCUAAAACACUUAAUUCCAACAAGUCAUCCUAUUAGAAUUGCAGCUGAACUUCAGUGCCUAACAGUAGCUGGGGGGCAAGACAAUGUCAUGGGAGUUAAAUACUGCUUUAGGAAAAAUGAUCAUGUGGUUAUUGCUAUGCCAUAUCUGGAGCAUGAGUCCUUUUUGGACAUUUUGAAUUCUCUUUCCUUUCAAGAAGUACGAGAAUAUAUGUUUAAUCUGUUCAAAGCUUUGAAACGCAUUCAUCAGUUUGGUAUUGUUCACCGUGAUGUUAAGCCCAGCAAUUUUUUGUAUAACAGGCGCCUGAAAAAGUACGCCUUGGUAGACUUUGGUUUGGCCCAAGGAACCCAUGAUACGAAAAUAGAGCUUCUCAAAUUUGUCCAGUCUGACGCUCAGCAGGAAAGUUGUUCACAAAACAAAUCGCACGUAAUCACGGGAAAUAAGAUUGCAUUGAGUGGCCCGGCACCUAAGGAGCUAGAUCAACAGUCUACCACAAAAACUUCUGUUAAAAGGCCCUACACAAAUGCACAAAUUCAGAUUAAACAAGGAAAAGAUGGAAAGGAGGGAUCUGUAGGCCUUUCUGCCCAGCGCUCUGUUUUUGGAGAAAGAAAUUUCAAUAUACACAGCUCCAUUUCACAUGAGAGCCCUGCAGUGAAACUCAUGAAGCAGUCAAAGACUGUGGAUGUACUAUCUAGAAAGUUAGCAACAAAAAAGAAAGCUAUUUCUACAAAAGUUAUGAAUAGUGGUGUGGUGAGGAAAACUGCCAGUUCUUGCCCAGUUAGCCUGACCUGUGACUGCUAUGCAACAGAUAAAGUUUGCAGUAUUUGCCUUUCAAGGCGUCAGCAGGUUGCCCCUAGGGCAGGUACACCAGGAUUCAGAGCACCAGAGGUCUUGACAAAGUGCCCCAAUCAAACUACAGCAAUUGACAUGUGGUCUGCAGGUGUCAUAUUUCUUUCUCUGCUUAGUGGACGAUACCCAUUUUAUAAAGCAAGUGAUGAUUUAACUGCUUUGGCUCAAAUUAUGACAAUUCGGGGAUCCAGGGAAACUAUCCAGGCUGCUAAAACUUUUGGCAAAUCAGUAUUAUGUAGCAAAGAAGUUCCAGCACAAGAUUUGAGAAAACUCUGUGAGAGACUUAGGGGUAUAGAUUCCAACACUCCCAAAUUAACAAGUGAUACACAACAAAGGCCUGCUUCUCUUCACCCAGCUGUUUCAGAGAAGACUGACCAUAAAGCUUCUCACCUCAUCCAAAUACCUCAAGCACAACACUCAGGGAUUUCAUUAUAUAAAGGGGACAGUAAUGGCUGUGGGAGUCAUUUUAAUGAGUGUAAUACCAAUUUAGAAGGCUGGGAUGAGGUACCUGAUGAAGCUUAUGACCUGCUUGAUAAACUUCUAGAUCUAAAUCCAGCUUCAAGAAUAACAGCAGAAGAAGCUUUGUUGCAUCCAUUUUUUAAAGACAUGAGCUUAUAAUUGUGGUUCUUCAUUUAAUGUUUACUGUUAUGCAUUGUGAGGUGGAAUAAAAAGAGUUCUGUGUAAUAGCCAUUUAAAGGCCAGAGCAAAGUGAAUAAUUUAUUUUAAAAGUUUAGUAUUUGCUCUGGUGACAGAUUCUAAAAUUCAGAUUAAGAGUACUUUAAAUGCCAGGGUUAGUUCUUUGUACUAACAACAUAAUCUUCUUUAAGUUUACCCAACCCAAGUAGAAUCAGAUCUUUAGUUUCCCUGACUACUUUUCACUGCCAUAUACAGAAAAAGGAGCAGUUUUCAUUUUAAUUGAUUAAAAUUAAUGGAUGUGAUAGAGAGUAAAUGAGUCAGGAGACUUAGUUUACUUAUUCUUAGAGCUAGGAGCUAUGUAUACUUUUGGGAAACUCAACCUGGUGCUGGUGCUCUUAACAAUUUUGUAGGUAAGGAAGAUAAUUUCCUUUUUAGAGGUAUUAUUUUGCCUUUUAUGAACACUAAAACAAUGAGAAAAUGUUGGUCAUGGGGUGAAAUAUCACUUAAAAUUGAAUUUAUCCACUUUUAAAAAAAUAUUUCAUGAAAGCGUUUUUGUGUGAAUUGCCAUGUUUUCUCUUGAUUUUUCUUCCUUCUCUGCCUCCACCUGAAACAUUUUCUUUGGAAAUUAUAUGGUGCUUAUAUGGUGCUUACCACAAAGUUUCUUGGUGCUUUAAUAAAUAUUUCAUGUGUUUACAAUUGAGAACUUAAAAUGCAUACAGUGGUUGAUAAGGGGAAGCUGCAGGAUUGAGGUGAAGACUGAUAGUGUAAAGUGCUUUUCUUUUUUCUUUUGAGUAUAUAUGUUUUUUCACACCGUCUUAGAUAUAAUUAGGUAGCUGCUAAAAGAAGAAGUAAACACAAUAAAAAAUUUUGGAGAUUUUCCCCUGCCUAGAGCCAUGCAAAUCUCUACAUCCUAUUUUGACUAACUGGUCCUGCUCAGAGAUGAAUAAUAACUAGAGUCUUAGGUGGGUUGGGAAGAGAAGUAAUGAGGUAGGCAAAGAAGAAAAGGACCUACGAUAGAGGUUUAUAUAUUAUUUAUGUUCCAAAAUGAUAUAUCUUAAUGACAGCAUAUGAAACUUCCUAUGGGAAAUAAGUCUGGGAGGGUGUAUCAGCCGACAUUUUCCCAUUUAGUAGUUCAUAAAGUUUAGAAACAGCUUAGGGACAUAUAUUCAUUUUACUUUGAGGAUCGAUAGGUCAGUAUGCCUACCUAAUCUAUUUGGUAAGUAUAUUUUAUAUGUAUGUAUAAACCAUUACCAUUGGUCUGCUCUCUCUUAUGUUGUAAUAUUUUAAAGAAAGCUUGAAUGUUCUUGAAUUUGUAUGUUUAAUAAAGUUAUCCUUUUAUAUUUUUUAUUUCAGA